GCUUACAAUGCUGGACGAUCAGCGAAAAUUCGGCUACUCCGGUGUGUCCAAGAGGCCGAAUGCUCCAACUUCUUUGCGCCGACCCAUAUCGCGCAAGCCGCUAUCGACAUCUCGGCUCUCGUUACUGGAAGAACAACCCCGUGCCGCACGAUCGCCUUUCGGAGCGCCUGUACCCGCUCCCGCGCGGCGGAGUGAAUCGAUGGAGAGGCUGAGCUCUCAUAUAGCUGAGCUUCAGCAUCAAGUCAAGACGCUUACUGAUGUACUGCUCGAACGGAAAACUUAAGGGGAAUGGAGUGCAUGAAGGCCAUGCGAAAGCGCCUGUGAUAUCGCACUGAAACUUUGCAAGGACAUGGCCUUUGACGUGCGACCUCCUCGCAUUAGUGCCCAGACGCGAUUGGAAGGAGAGCUGGGACGAGGUCGGCGCGCUUAAUGGACAUAUCGCACCCAAGCGCGACCUACCAGGGAGCUUGCAUUAAUAUACAUGCCCGGAUCCGGCCCAUGGUUAGGUCCUGGCUGCCGCACUGGCUCGUCGACAAUAGCGUCGGCAUCGGUUACCAUUACAUCGGUACUUGUGCCAAGCCAUGCCGAAGAGCCUCGCUUGCCGCGUGGAUUUUCCUCUCUGCGCUGUACGCUACUGAUGCAUGCUGCGUCUAUCUGCCUCUGGAGGCUCCGGUGGAGCUCAAUGAUGCGUGUGCACUCUCCUGAUCCUGCCCGUCGACCAACCCAAUGUGACCCUGGUUAUCUGGCACCGGCUCCCGCGCCACAAGCGCAGCUUUCUCCGUUUGCUACUGCAAUAUGGCCCUCACGACUCUUGUGAAGCCAUAGCCACCCUAUGUCUGGCUCAGCAACACUGCCCAGUCCCUACGCUGUCGGCCUCUAUUCUCGUAUAUACCACCAUUAUUGCGCAGUCCCUCAUGACGUCCAUUGCGCUCGAUCUAGAUAUCUAUUUGAUCCUUUCGUUUCAAGUGGCAACACCAGAUCCUACUCGGCUCCUACCAGUGACCAUGAGCUUCUACCAGGCAGAGGACUACAAAGACGACAACGAAGGCAGCAUCGACGACUGGCAGAAUUACCAUGCUGUCCCUCAAUCGACACAGAGUGGACAGCCUGGUCAUUCUACCGAACACAGCAACUACGGCCUCGAUAAUGAUAGCUAUCCAUAUUCCAUAAUUGAUGCAUCGUCCCAGAAUCCCUAUUCGAUAUCACAAGACAUGAUUUGGCCAACAGAGACUUCCACUUUGGGAUACGACUCUCUUCAGACUCCGACGCAGGCAAUGUUCAAUAAUAUGGCAGGCAAUCUAUCGACACUGAGCUUUUCGUCAUCUGGGCCCAUUCAGGACACUCCAUUUGCACCACACACACCAGCUAGGCCCAUAGACGCGGAAGAGCAGAGCUAUCGGACUAUGAGUGCCCGGACCGACUACUCGCAGGGGCAAUAUUCGCAGCAGGUUCCUCCACCCGCUCCAAUGUACGAUGUACCUGCGUCUCAGAAAUCGCCCACACAGUCCGAUCGCAGUGCAAGCUACAACUCUCCCUUGAUCGAAUCGUCGCCGUAUGCACAAUCCGAUGGAUAUUUCCAAGUCAGUCCACCACGCAUCAAGGCGGAAGACUCCUUUGAAUACAGUCAGAAUCAUCUCUACUCGGUCCCUGGCACGCCGAGCUACGGGUAUCCAUCAUACGUUGAUCCUCUUGAUAUCUGUUCACAGGCCACAUCAUCUUCCGCGCCCGCGCAGCUUGCACGAAGCGCGUCUGACCAUGUCAAGCUCGAGGUCAAGCAGGAGUUCGAGGUCAACCUCUCACAAGCAGCCCGUUCGACAGAGCGGCUGGUCGCUGGCGUACCUGGCGCAUCAGAUACAGGGCGCCGGGACGAAGCUAAGGGACGCUUCAAGCGUGGCUUCACCACAGUGGAGAACUCGACCUGUCAGUGUGAAGUGUGUGGGAGGCUCUUCCAACGGAUGUACAACCUCAAAGCUCACAUGGAGACUCACGAUCCUGAUCGUGAACAACCGCACGCAUGCCGAUAUCAUGGCUGCGAGCGGAGGUUCGUGCGACGAACAGAUCUGAUGCGACACGAACAGAGUGUCCAUUUGAAACUGCGCAACUUUGCGUGCAUAUUUUGUAACAAUGCGUUUGCGCGCAAAGACACUCUCCGACGACACAUUGAGGAUGGUUGUCCCUGUCGACCCGAGACGAAAAAGCGCCUUGACCGGCGUCGCAGCGCCUCGACGGUGAAAUCUCAACGACCUUUGAGGAGACUUCCUCCUAUCAAGUCGGAGUCGCAGUGAAGAAAGAAAGAAGGAAGGAAGGAAGGAAAGAAAGAAAGGAAGGAAGGAAGGAAGAAAAAAAGCUCUCGAGUACUGUACGUACGCGGUCAGAAAAGGUCAAGAGG